GGACCGGGGAGACGGGCAGAGCCGGCCCUGGGGGCUUGCGCCCCCCUCCCUCUGGCGGCGCGUCCCGUGAGGGGAGCGGACGGCCCGGGGGACGCAAGCGCUGGCCGUUCCCCUCCCCUCAGCCGCUCGGCGGGACGGGGGCAGGGAACGGGGCGGGGGGGUCUUCCCCUCCCGCCGCAGCGGCCUGCAGCGGGGCCCCCGCCCCUACCGAAGUGCUAGGCCGGCCGGGCGCUCUCCUCCCCUGGGCCGGGAGCAGCAUCUGGUCCACCGGCAGCCGGCGGGUCCGUCCCGCGGGCCGCCUGGGCCGGGCCGGGCCGUGCCGUGCCGAGCCGGGGCGGGCGGCGCGGGGCCGAGCGGCGGCGGGAGCCCCUCCCGCCUCCGCCGCCUUUGGGGGCGCCUCGUCCCGCUGGCGGCGCCUCACGGCGCGAUGCAGCUGCAGGGGGAGGGAGAGGAAACCCACCCCCAUCGCUCAGCGGCCGCCUUUGUAACCGCUCAGCCCGGCCCAGCUCGCAGCAGCUCGGGGAGCGCCGGAGCGCGGCGGCGGGAGCAGAUGGAGCCGGAGGGUUGCCCUUGUUCUCCUUUUCAAAUCAAAUGUCACAUUGACUCAAAUCCGGCGUUGGAAGCAUGCGGGGAACUGCAGCACGUCAGCCCAGCACAAUGUAUCCAUCAAACUGGAAGGAAGCCCAAAACCAAAACUCCGCUGGCCAAAAUGCAUCCUCUGCAGAAACCCCAAGUACCUCCUAAGCCUGUCCAUCUCAAACCUGGGCAGGAAAGAAUUCCUCCUGCACCUUCUCGGCCUUUGCCAGCUGAUCCCAAGUCGUCGAGGAGCUUGGCACCUGGAGAGGAAGAAAUACCGAUAUCAGCAGGAGUCAACACGCUCAUUGAGAAAUUUGAAAGUAUUAGGCAACCUGUACACAUUCUUCAAAGAAACCAGCUAAAUUUAGCUCUUAAGAUGGAGCCUGGCCUGGACUCACCCAAACAACCAAGCUCGUGUGACUGUGACAUGGGGGCUUCCAGCAGCUCUUCCACAAAUGAAAAAAGUGAACCGAAUGAAAACGAGCCAGCUGCACCGUGCAGUGCAGACCUAUCGAACACAGACAUAAUGAAAAUUAAAGAGCUAAGCAUAGGCGAUAACAAAAGCCAUGAAGACUGUACGGCUGUGACUGUGAGCAAAGAGCCCUCUGGAGAGCUUGGCAAUAAAGACUCAAGUGCAGAACUGAACGGUAAUGGUAAAAUUCCCAACAGAGACAGUGGCAUCGACAGUCCUUCUUGUAGCGUGGCAGGGGAAACUUUCCCCAGUGAAGACGGCGCAGAGCAAAAGAAGCCCAGUGUGGGUGGGAACCCAGGGGAGAUGGAACCCGACAAAAAGGGCACCAAACCUUCGUCUGUGGAGCAGAAGAGAGACUCCACACAGGAUGAAGACAGUGACAUUGAUGAAGGAAGUAGUGAGGAACAAGAGACAGCAGAAUUGCCAAAGUUAGAAUACUUGGACGUAAACAAGUGUACAGAGCCCCAAAAGCUAUUCAACAUCGCAAAUGAACUGCUCCAUACAGAAGAAGCGUAUGUUAAAAGACUCCAUCUGUUGGACCAGGUUUUUUGCACUAAGUUGUCAGAAGCGGGUAUCUCAUCUGACGUGAUAACGGGCAUCUUUUCAAAUAUUUCUUCCAUCUAUUGUUUCCACGGACAAUUUCUUCUUCCUGAGCUCAAAACAAGAAUUACACAGGAAUGGAAUGUCAACCCACGACUAGGAGAUAUCCUACAGAAACUGGCUCCUUUUCUGAAGAUGUAUGGAGAAUACGUAAAGAACUUUGACAGGGCAAUGGACAUGGUGAACACAUGUAUGCAGAGGUCCUCUCCAUUCAAAGACGUUGUUCAGAACAUACAGAAACAGGAGGUGUGUGGAAACCUGACAUUACAGCAUCACAUGCUUGAACCAGUGCAAAGGAUUCCUCGUUAUGAGCUUCUCCUAAAGGACUAUUUAAAGAAACUUCCAGAAGAGUCUCCAGACAGGAAAGAUGCUGAAAAAUCGCUGGAGCUCAUAUCUACGGCAGCAAACCAUUCAAACGCAGCCAUCCGAAAGAUGGAAAAGAUGCACAAGCUUUUGGAAGUCUAUGAGCGACUUGGUGGUGAAGAGGAUAUUGUUAACCCGGCCAAUGAGCUCAUUAAAGAAGGACACAUUCAGAAACUUUCAGCAAAGAAUGGCACAGCGCAGGAUAGGUAUUUAUUCCUGUUUAACAGCAUGGUGCUAUACUGUGUGCCAAAACUGCGGCUGAUCGGCCAGAAGUUCAGCGUUCGAGAGAAGAUGGACAUCGCAGGACUGCAGGUCCAAGAAAUUGCCAAGCAAAAUGUGGCUCAUACAUUUUCAAUAACAGGAAAAAAGAGAUCGCUGGAACUACAAGCCAGGACAGAAGAGGAGAAGAGGGAAUGGAUUCAGGUCAUUCAAGCAACAAUUGAAAAGCACAAACAGAACAGCGAGACAUUUAGAGCGUUCAAUAGCUCUUUUUCUCAAGAGGAGGAGCAUCUUCCUGAUUCCUCAAUAGCCAGCACCAGCUCGGUGGAAUCGAUGCCAGGAGCAGAUGGGGGUGGUGCCUUUGGAGGGAGUGAUUCCUGUAGGAAAUCUUCCAAAUCCAAGCGCGACAAGGAGAAACAGGCUUGCAAGAGCUGCAGCGAAAGCUUUAACUCCAUCACUAAAAGGCGGCACCACUGUAAGCAGUGUGGGGCAGUGAUCUGUGCAAAAUGCUCCGAGUUUAAACCACUUGCAGAUAAUAGCCGUCACAAUCGAGUGUGUAAAGAGUGUUUUCUGCAGUUACCAGCGAGCCCCUGCAGCCCUGGCGUGGAAGCAGUCGGAGAACAAAAGAAAAGACUAGCUGCAGAGAAGCAAAGCAUCUUGGCAGCUGAAAACAGCCUCUUCAGCAGCUACCUCCAGUUCCUUGAGAAAGGGAAGACUUGGUACAAAAUGUGGGUGACCAUCCCCAAGACUGAACCUCUUGUUCUGUAUCUGCAAGGAAGCAGCCAGGAUGGACGGAGCCCACGUCCUGUUCCUCUGCCUGGAUACGAAGUCAGUUUACCAGGUUCUGGUGAGAAGUUUGAAGUGAAGCAUGUUUUUAAGCUCUGCCAGUCCCAGCAAACUCUGUAUUUCAGUGCGGAAGAUGAAGAACUGCAGAUGAAAUGGAUGGAAAUUCUCACCAAAGCAGCCAAAGGGGAAACUGAAGAUACGGCUGAAGGGCUCAGCAACCCAUAGAGCAAGUUCCAUUUAGUUUCUUUCCUACACGCUAUAAACCAUCACUUGAAUUUGGUAUUCAUGGCACUUUGGAAUCUGUAUGGCUUUAUCUCUUCAUGUGUCUGCGUAGGAAGUUCAGUGGUUUCUCUCCUUUUAUUGUACAUUUCUCACGUACAGUAGUUACCUGGCAUAUAUUAUGUUAAAGGAAAAGGUAGUUGUAGUUGUUGGUGGUGUCGAUGCUGGUUUUAAAACAAAAGACAAGGAGAAAAGCAUUAAUUUUAACAAAGGUAAUGGAAAACCAUCGGUCUCUUGUUUUCCUCAAUGUAUAUUUUCCAGCCCUUUUGAUUGCUGUCAGUGCAGGAUGUGUAUAGUCUGUGAUUAGUUCUAUAAAUGCUGCCUUUUAAGUUAAGUGUUGUAAAGGCUUGUGCUGGCCACUGACAUUCCGUUCUCUGUCCUUUCCCUCCUGGUAAAAGGUCUUUGUGAAGUGUGAGCGAUGUGCUGAGUAUUUUCCCUUUGCUAGACCUGUGUCUCUGCUAUUUUGAGAUGACCUGUUCACAAGACAACUUCUGCGGAAGGGACUUCUAAAAAUGACUGCGCGCUGUGCAGCAAAGAACAUCAAGAAGCCUCGUUGAUUUUAAGCAUUUAUAAUAUUGUUUUGUCUUCUUUUGAAACCAAUACCUUCCUUCCUUCUAUUUGAACCCGUUUUGAUGUAAGUGAGCAAACGUUUUAUACUGCAAACUGGGUUACGAUCAAUAAACAAGAACAUUUUUAGUACACACAGUACAAAAAGGUGACUUCUUUGUUGUAUCGGUUAAUUUAAAAGUGACCUAGGAUUUAUUUAUAUAAUUUGUAAAUAAUGUUUCAUAAGUAUUUUAAGAAUUUUUUAAAGAUCUCAGCUAAUUAACAGGAUUUAGUGCAUAGAAUAAGAGAUAUUUGUAUGAACUGAAUUUGUAAUUUAAUUUUCCUGUUUACCUGUAUUUGUCUUAUUUUCAAACAUAAGUGCUUAUCUAUUUAAAUAAAAAUUCAUGCAGUUAACUCCUGAGCCAGAUUUCCAAGGCACAGCAAGCUUUAGGUCAACGUUUAAUAUAGGUUUUAAAAAAAAAAAAAAAAAAA